AUGAAGUCUCUCCUUCUCCUUGUUCUUUUCCUCUCUUUCUUCUUCGGUUCUCUCUUCGCUACUAGGCAUCUCCCCUAUCCAAGUCAUCAUCAUGCGGGAACUACGACCGGGACAUUGAAGCAUCGGCAGAGGAGGCCGGAUACGGUGCAAGUGGCUGGGUCUAGGUUGCCGGACUGCUCACACGCGUGUGGCUCAUGCUCCCCAUGCCGUCUUGUGAUGGUUAGCUUUGUGUGUGCAUCGCUUGAAGAGGCUGAGACUUGUCCCAUGGCCUAUAAGUGCAUGUGCAACAAUAAAUCAUACCCCGUCCCGUGA